CGAUUAGUUCGAAUAAGUCCGCUGGUUCGUAAUCCGUUCAUUUCGUUUGAAGCGGAAACUUUCGAAGGCAGUGCGACACUAUCACUCCAUCCUCAGAGUCUAAAGAUGAACGAACUUCUGUGGUAGUCUGUUUUUCUUCGGCGAUAUUCUCCCAACUCCGGUGGUAGUCCAGAUGGUAUUUCUCUCUCUCCAGCGAUUUAUCAUUGUUUAUUUUUCCUCGCCCUCUCACUUUCUCCAACGAUAGCACUCCUCCAGUGACAGCCCCCUUUUCUUAGCGACAGCACUCCGGUGGUAGUCUCGGUGGUAUUUUGGUCCAUUUUUCUCUUACAUCUGUCUCUCAAGCGAUAGGCUGCUUUGACCUCUGACCUCUGCGAUUAUUAGGUUCAUUCAGAGAAACAGAGAAACGAAGUUUAUUACUUUUGACAGAGAAACAGAAAACAGCCUACAUUUAGCAUCCCUCAUGUGAUUGACUGAUUGGUGACUGGUGAAGCGGCUUGCACCUGAAGCACAUCUGUUGGAUGGUCAUCUUUCUAGUGGACUGAGCGCUCCGCCCAGCAUUGCACGGGCUUCUCUUUCUUCAAUCUAUUAUGGAGGCCACUUCAGUUUUCCUUCACUCGAAAGCAAUCCCGUUUGGUUUCUCUUUCGCAAAAACCAAUCGGUUCUCUCUCAGACAACGAAAUAAACACCUACAAGCUCAUCUUCUUAAUGAACGCUCUUGGAACUUGAGGAAUUUUGGAAUCAUCAAAACCCCUUUGGAAUGCUCGUACUCAUGUAUAUCUCAAAAUUCAUUAAGCAAAAUCCUGAUAAAUCCUGUUUUUUUAUCACCAUUAUCAACGAAAAAGACAGGGGGAAGAAACGAAUCCUUUUAUCCUCUUAAAUGCUCUUAUUCCGACAACUCUGAAUUCCAAAACCCAUUAGCCAGAACCCUCAAGAACCUUUCUGUUUCUUCGUUGAAGAGUACCAUUUCUAAUCUUACCCCUCUGGACGUCUGCAAAUGGUCUGCUAUUCUCUCCAUCUCCAUUGCAGCAACAAAAUGGACUGUAAAUCUCCUAUUGAAUCCUUUCUUCUGGAUGUAUUUCAGCUGGACCUGGCUUUUCUGGCCUUGGUUCCUAGCCAUCAGUCUUGCACUCUAUGGACUUUAUUGCCUACGAAAACACUUUCAUGGUGAAGCAAACAUCUUCGAACAGCUAGUCAUAGUGACCUCAACAUUUACUUGGCUCACUCUUGUUCCACCCGCCCAUUUUAACGGCUAUCUGGAAGGUUGGCCAUUUGUUUUCUUCUUUGUUUACCACUAUUUUUUUUUCUUCAAUGUCAGUGUCAGGAAACGCCUGUAUGGCGACUACUAUCCUCGAUCCCAUGAUCCCAAAUGGGAUGUUAGUCCACCUAAUUCUCAUCGGCUUGGGUUUUGUGUUGGAGUUAUGGCUAGCCACUGGCUGGCAGCAUCUGAAGGACUGGCAUUGCAUCUCACGCCUGGAGGAUGGAGUAAUCUCGGGAUUUGGAUUUUGAUCAUGUCGACACUAUUUAUGCAGUAUCACUCCACAUUGUACCUUGCAAAGUAUUCAGAGAAGGUGGUGGUGCCAACUUCUGUUGUGCAAUUUGGGCCAUAUAGAUGGGUCCGCCAUCCGAUAUAUGCAUCCACAGUGCUUCUCUUUUCAACUUACUGUGUUGCACUCCGGGCGCCACUCAGCUUUCUAUUUAUGGUAGUGGUUUGUUUGUUGUAUUAUGGAUACAAGGCCAAAUCGGAGGAGGAGUUGAUGGUGGAGACUUUUGGAGAAAGAUAUAUGGAAUACAUGAGUAAAGUUAGGUACAAAUUGAUUCCUUUUGUCUAUUAGUCUGCUAUUUAACAAACUUUGUUUGCUAUGCAACAAAACUGAAAUUUGUAGGAUUCAUUAAUUGAAUCAAUUGAUUAAGCUUUAGCACCAAUGCCUUAUAUAAAAAAUGUGAUGCGUUAGAUUGGGCUUAACAGA